ACGCCGGCUGGUGAAUGGUGCGCACCCAUUUUAGCCUACGUCAUCACGUAGGAACCGUCAUUCGGGUUAUCCUAGCAAGCCCCUCUUUCCAAUGUUUCCUGGCUUCUGCAGGUUAAGCUCCAAGGCCAGCAUGGUGCUAAAUCCAGUCCUUUCCAAGCUCUCUGGUAAACUGGUGGUGUUGGCCAGUUCCUCUCCUAGAAGACAGGAGAUUCUGCGUAACGCGGGUUUACGUUUUGAGGUGGUGCCAUCUUGGUUUAAAGAAACUCUUGAUAAGGGACUUUUCAAAGCACCUCAUGAGUACGCUGUUGAGACUGCCAAGCAGAAGGCCCUGGAAGUGGCCAGGAGGAUGCCAGUUAAACACUUGAAGACUCCUGACAUAGUAAUUGGAGCAGACACAAUUGUGGCUGUGGACGGCAUGAUUCUGGAAAAGCCGGCGGAUAAACAUCAUGCAUACAGGAUGCUAUCAAGUUUGAGCGGUAAAGAGCACAGCGUAUUCACCGGAGUUGCCAUCGUGCUGUGUCAUAAAAAAGACGAUGAUGAAGUGGACUACCAGUUGAUCGACUUCUAUGAAGAAACAAAGGUUAAGUUUGCAGAUCUCUCUGAAGACAUGCUAUGGGAGUACAUCAAUAGUGGGGAGCCUAUGGACAAAGCUGGUGGCUAUGGCAUCCAAGCACUCGGGGGCAUGCUGGUGGAGUACGUCCACGGGGACUUCUUAAACGUUGUCGGCUUCCCCCUCAACCACUUCUGCAAGCAGCUAGACGUGAUUUACAAGCACUGCUCUUUCUUUUCCCCGCGCGCCACCGAGUCCGUGCACCUCGCCGGCAACCGUGGUGGUCUAAUCGAGCAGAAAGACGGCUCCACGCCCACCCCCAGCCCGUCGGCCGGUCCGCCUCAUAAGGUGAAAAAGAAAGGCAGAGACGGCGAGGCGAAGGUCGAUGGCUCGUCUAAACAGGGCGACGAAGAGACCGAGCUCCCGAACUCUGAAAAGAGCGCGGCGCCGGCGCCGAGGAGCGGAGACGGGGCCGUGCGAGAGGACGGCGAGCCUGAAAAAGGAGAUUUGGAGCUGAUUUGCACGCUCAUGGAUGGAUUCAAAGCCUCAAAGGCACUGUUUACAGCAUCCAAGUUCUGCUUGUUCGACCUACUGCACAGCAAACCCGGGCUGGGUGCAGAGCAGAUAGCCCAGGAGAUCAAAGCCUCUGUGAAAGGGACCGAGACUCUGCUGGAAGCUUGUGUGUCGCUGGGACUGCUGAAGACCAAAAAUACAGGAUGCCCAAAGCCUAUAUUUGAGAACACAGAUCUGGCCACACAUUUCCUGCGCGCAGACGCUUGUUAUUCGCUGCACGCCUUCAUUCAGCACUGUAACGACACUGUGUGGCCACUUUUCUCCCACCUCGAGAGCGCCGUGCUGGAUGGAACCAGCCAACGUGAGAAAGUUAAGGAUGCUGUUUGUAACCGCGAAGAGGCAAAACUAAGAUUCAUGCACGCCAUGCACGGCUCGGCCAAAGUCACGGCCGCAGCCGUGGCGGCGGCCUUUGACCUCUCUAAGUACAAAACAGCCUGCGACGUAGGGGGAUGCACGGGGGCCAUCGCUCAUGAGCUGGUUAAAGUCCAGCCUGGACUGUCUGUAACUGUGCUCGAUCUGCCCGCUGUUGUGGAGAUGAGUGACGUUUUCCAGCGCCAGCACACAGACAAAAGGGUCACCUUCAAAGCGGGAGACUUUUUAAAAGACGAAUUGCCCAAAGCAGACUUGUACAUCCUGGUGAGAGUUCUCCAUGACCUAACGGAUGAGAAGUUGCAUAUUCUGCUCAGGAAAAUUUCAGAUGCGUGUGUUCCAGGCUGCGGCGUCCUGCUGAGCGAGAUCUUUCUGGAUGAAGACAGGAGCGGUCCGAGCCGAGGGCUGCUGCAGGCUCUCAGCAUGAGCGAGGGGAAGCAGCGAAGUGCAUCAGAGUACAGUCGGCUUUUAAAGGCCCACGGUUUCAUAACGGCACAAGUGAAGCACACAGGCAGCCUCCUGGAUGCAAUGCUGUGCAUCAAAGCGUAACCCACUGCACCUUUGACCUGCAUAUAAAGCCUUGUAAUGUAGGUUAUAGUGAAUGUUGCCACUGAACUUUGCCUAUAUUAAACAUUUAAGUUGUUGCUGUUUUUUAAAUAUGCAAACAAAUUAAAGAUGUCUGCAUUUUAUGUUGAAGUCUGAGAUUUUAAGAGAUUUUAAAGGUAUUUUAAUUUGAUAAAAUUUCUGACGAUUGUUUGCAGAGAUAUCCUGUUUUACUCACUUUAAACAUGGCAUUCUGCAGCUACACGUGCUUCCAUGAUGCUUUCCAACAUCCAAAAACUUCAGUUCAUUGUAUUGUUACAUCAUAGGUCUUUCUACAACUAUAUUUCCUGUACAGUUUAUAAAAAUGUUUUGAUUCAAUACUUAUGUAGAAUGCUUUAAUAAUGUCAGAAAUAGUACUUCUGUUAUUGGAUAUGCCCAACAGUGCAUUUAAUAAAUAAAGCACAAUUUAUUUCAGAUCUUCCACCAAAAUGACAGACAUAUUCCUCUGUGCAAAUACAAACACUAUUUUGCAUAUUAACAUCUGAAUGCAAAAUAAGUAGGACUCAACUAAGUUUGUAAACAAGAAUUGCCCAUUACAUAAAAUAUAUACCCUGGCAUAAACAAAUUCAUCACCUUGUUUAUCAUAUAUGUCUGAAAAGGGGUAUGAAGUAAAACUUAUUUAUUCUUACCACUUCUUCGUCCCUUAAUCCUGAACACUUAAUCUAGUUCAAACAGUGGAAAGAAAUGGAGAGCAUUAUUUUAAAAGUCAGCUGCCUAAAGCUGUGUAGCCUUUGGUGCUUCUGCUGCUGCACUGCUGUGUGCCUGAUGUUAGUAUGCAGGGAGUCUGGCAAUGUUCUGAUUCUGCUGGAGCUUCUGGACAGAGGGUAUGAUCACGCCAGAGGUCCUCUCAGUACAAGAGUGCCUGCAGAGGACUAAAAGUAAAUAAAAUUUUCUUGAAAUUAAUGUAUUUGUCCUUGAUUUGAGCAGGUAAAUAAGAUUAUCUGCCAGUGGAAUAAGAUUUUUGAACUUAAUAUAGGAACAAAUAAUCACCAUCGUCUCAUUUCAAGUGCAGUAUAUCUAAUUAUCUUAUUUUAGGGGUCAAAAACACUCAUCCCAUUGGCAGAUAAUCUUAUUUACCUGCUCAAAUCAAAGGCAAAUCCACUCGUUUCGAGAAAAUGUUUAGUUCUGUUUUUGCAUUGGUAUACUUUCACAAACACUACUCUGAGCUCAAUGUAUCCUACGAACACCAUUGAACUCUAAUGUUUUCCACGUUUUUCAUGAAGGCAAAUUUUGAUCCUUAACUUUGAAAAACCAAAACGGAUGAUUCAAAUAUCAAAUUAACUACGUCAAUCUAAUUAUGAUUUAAUUUUUUGUGUUAAUUUUCUUGAAAAAUCUGCUUUUCUAAUUUGUUUGCACUAAAAUGAGAUUUUAUUAAAUAAAACGUUUUACAUAAAUA